UGCCCUGCAUGAACUAUUUAACAAUUUUGCUGUGCAAUCGUAAACCAACGAUGCUCUCGCGCCGGGGCAAAGAUAAAUCACAGGCACAUAAAGAGGGCGUAGUGGGGAAGUAUGUGAAGAACGAUACCCCGCCGGAGAUACCGGUGAUAAAUGUGUGGACUUCCUAUUCAGAUCAACAUCAACGUGCAAAAAAGAAGUCUUUGCAGAGGUGUGCAAGUACUUCGCCUAGCUGUGAGUUUAAGCCGCGCAGCUCGAGUUCUAGUCGCAAUGCGUAUUCUUGUAGUGAUGUUCAGCCGGAUUACUAUCACGCGCGCAGAGCUCAAAGCCAGUUGCCGCUAAACAAUCAGCAAUCACUUCCAACACAGGGUAACACACAAUGUCGAGGUGGUAGCAACCAGCUAUGCCAAGGAAACAGUAACUACGUCAACAUUGAGCAAAUGGACCGUAUGCGACGUCAGCAGUCAUCGCCACUGUUACUAACCAACAAUCCAACAAGGGGCUUUCAGCGAAGUUAUUCUGCCCAAAAGCCCUCGCAACCUCAUGGGGGUACAACUAGCUAUGACGUCGAUCCUGGACUACUUAACACCUCCUACGCAAAUAUGAUACAAAUGCCACGCCGACCCCCAUCACCUGCACAGUUCGCAAUGCAGCAACCACAACAGCUCCUACAUCACCCUUCCACUACAUUUGGAUCAGUGAUUCGAUUCGAACCGUCUACAAUAGCAACAAAAGAUCAUCCACGGUAUCCCCAGACAAGAUCACCACUAGGACAACAUCAUCAGCAUCAGCAACAACAAUUGGCAGCGCAUAUGGUUGGUAGUUAUUCCAGCGAUUCGUAUCCAAUAUAUGAGAAUCCGUAUCGCGUAUCUUCCAUGCGGGUGACGCAAUCACAGCGCUCUGAAUCUCCAAUUUACAGUAAUACAACAGCGUCAUCGGCUACGCUUAGUGUUACUCCACAUCAUCAUCAUCAUUUACCAGUACCUUUAGGUGGAUCUCUGAGUGGUCGAGGCGGAAGCUCUGGUAGCAUGCGUGGCGCCUCUACUUCGGUUCAAUCCCUCUAUGCGCCACCUCUUACGCCGCCUGCAUCCAGUACUUCAACUGCUGGAGAUACCAAUGGUAACGGAGCGUUGCAAAAAGUACCCUCACAGCAGUCGCUUAAAGAGAGCGAAGAAUUGCCACUGCCGCCAGGUUAGGCCACGCAAUACACGCUGCAUGGUAGGAAAUACUAUAUUGACCACAACGCACAUACAACGCAUUGCAAUCAUCCACUGGAGCGCGAGGGUCUGCCGGUUGGUUGGCGUCGCGUUGUCUCGAAGAUGAAUGGUACCUAUUAUGAAAACCAGUAUACCAGGCAGUGCCAGCGGCAACAUCCAUGUCUUACAUCCUACCUCGUUUAUACCACGUCAGCAAAACCUCCUAAAGCAAUACGGCCCGAAGCGCCAAUGUAUUCACCACCUUCACAUACACAUACUGCAUUGGUGCCAGCCAAUCAGUACCUACUUGAAGAAAUACCAAAAUGGUUGGCUGUCUAUUCUGAGGCGGACUCCUCCAAGGAUCAUCUGCUGCAGUUUAAUAUGUUUAGCCUGCCUGAGCUCGAAGGCUUCGAUAGCAUGUUAGUACGUCUCUUUAAGCAAGAGCUCGGUACAAUCGUCGGGUGCUAUGAGCGCUAUCGUCGCGCAUUAAUACUGGAGAAGAAUCGACGCGCCAAUCACAACAAGCUACAGCUGUGGUAGUCGCAUCUAAGAGUACGACUGUGCAAUUCGUACAACCGGUGUAUUUUUAUAACUUACUGAGAUGGUUUUCAAUGUUUCGUUAGUUCAGUUUGUAAACUGUGAUAUAAUUUGACUUAAAACGAAUGAAAAAUGGUUUCAAGAAUAUAA